AUGGCCGCGUUACUGGGUGAGUGGCAAUGUGUAGAAAGCGAUGGAAUGGAUAUGGUGCUUGCUGCGUUUGGACAACACCAGAGCUUGCGUGAUCAACUGGAUUAUUUGCAUUCACACCUGACAAUCGAUUUGGUGGAGGAUGAACUUUACAUCGGAGAAGAAAUUGAUGGAAAACAUACGGAACAUACUUUCGUUCUUGGACAGGAACUGGAGGAGCUCACUUUAGACGGGCGAAUAGUACGGACCGUAUUUAUACUCGAAUCGGAAAGGCUGUUGCGUCAGAUCCAACGUCAUGGAUUCUCAGAAACUGUGAUAACUCGGGAAGUGAAAGAUGGUGUACUCACAGCGGUUGUACGCACACCAGAAGCGACCGCAAUACUGAAAUUCCACCGUAUUGGGAAUCCAAAGCGACGACCAACAAUCAGACGAUCGAAUCCGGACGUUCUCAAACCACCUUUAACGCCAAACUGAUUUUGCAGAUUCGAAGCAUAUACUCGUUCCCCCGCGGAACUGACGGGAAUUAGUUGUUAGCCUACUGGAUUUGUUUUGCCCAGACCGAUUAUGUCCCAUUUCCUAAACAUAAUAUGCUCUUCUCACCGAAUUUUGGCAGCCACACUUGGAACACACUUUUCAUUUUUAUUUACAUGGGUCUGUCACAAGUGAAGUCCAGCUGAGUUGCAGGAAUUCAAACUGCUACACAGUGUUCUGUUCUCAGUGGCUUUGGCGCAGGGCAGAAGCAAUCGUUUGUCCCUUAAACUUCCUCUGUAUGGGACUUAAUUCCCAGCACGCCGGGAGGGGGGGGGGGGGUUCGGAGGAUUUUUCUGUGUCGUCACAUUUUCCGAACAGACCCUCACACUUCAUGUCGCUUCAUGUCAGCCUUAUAUCGGUGGGUUACUCCAGUGUUUGAGAGCUUGAUCUACUUGGUGACCGGCCUAGACUUGAGACUUUGUUGAUUUCUUAUUUUGAUUUCCGCUUUCUUAGCAUGCUUUCGAUCGGAAUUCCUCAUGAUAUUUGAUUUACGACGGCUGAUGCGUAACUCAGACUGUUCGGCGCUGUGUUACGUGGUGCAACUGUGCAUUUG